AUGGCACCCACGGGACUAAAAAGACUCCAAAUCGGUGUUGUUGGCCUCGGUCGAAUGGGUCGACGCCACGCUCUGAACAUUCUCCAUCUCACUCCUCGCGCAACCCUAUUAUGUGCAUGUUCCCCUGCACAGGCUGAUAUCGAGUGGGCAGACCAGAAUCUGACCCAAUAUGGCGUGCAAAUAUGUUCCUCAUUUGAAGACAUGGUGAAGGUUCCCGGUUUAGAAGCAGUGAUCAUUGCUUCAUCAACAGCAUUACAUGCAAGUCAGAGUCUCUCAGCGCUUGAGCUGGGCAUUCAUGUUUUGUGCGAAAAACCAAUUACUUUGGAUAUUGAAGAGCUCCAAGCUAUAAUAAGCAAAGCCCAGUCUAUUCCCGAGACAAAGAUGAUGGUGGGGUUUACAAGACGCUUCGAUGAUAGCUACAAGGAUGCCAAAUCAAAACUUGAAGAAGGUCAAAUCGGAAAACCAGUUGUCAUCCGUUCUCACGGUAUUGAAGAAUUCGACGAAACUGGGUUCUUCAUCAAUUACGCUAGACAAAGUGGUGGGAUAUUCGUCGAUACUACAAUCCACGAUAUUGAUCUUGCUUUAUCCUUCUUGGGUGAAGAUAUCCAACCUAAAAAGCUUUGGGCUACCGGUGUGAUAGCAAGGUAUCAUGAGAUGAAAGAAUUUCAUGACUCAGAUAAUGCUGUCGGAGUGGUAGAAUUCUGGGGUGGGAAAAUCGCUCAUUUCUAUAACUCUCGCACUGGGAACCAGGGAUAUGAUAAUACGACGGAGAUCUUUGGUACUGGUGGGAAGAUCACGGUGAAUGCUGUGGCACGGAAGAAUAGGGUCGAGGUCACUUCGAAGAAUACUGUUCAGAACGAUAUUUUAUCUACCUGA